UUUCGGCACGCUCGCCAAUCAUGCGUGGUCGGAGUAUAGUCGGGAUUAGAGAUGCCGGCCUGACGGUGCCGUGACGCCUCCCGCCCUGAGUCGCAGGAUGCCUUUAGGAUUGGGGGCUGCAGCUUUAGCUCACUGCAGUUCUCGGUCCGAGCACGGGCUCAGGACGCGGUUACCAAAGGUUACCUUUUGGCCAUCAGUCCAGGCGUGCUCGCUAUCCAUCAUGCAUCCGUCGCCGUUCUCCCUGCGGAGGGCGCUGAGAACUCGAUGUCUCCUAUGUCCUCUUCCUCACCACUUGUGCCAGACUAAAUGGAAUCCUGCUCCUGUCGCAGGCCAACUGAGAGCCCCAUUCAAAUAUGCACGCCGUUCACGCACGAUCGCGUCGCUUUGCGAUGAGUUUAGCCCACUCACAAGCAGUCCUCAUCUGACCACUCGAUAGCUGGACACUCACUACUCAAUUGCGCUCCAUGCUCGCCA